GUACUGGAUUUUCUUUAUUUUUUCAGUUCUCUCUUCAAGCUAGGGUUUUUGCUCUUCCACAAAAAAAGAGUUUGAACUCACGCUCUAGGGUAUUCGAUCUGCACCACCCAGCUUGUAAUUCUCGAUUUUCCACAGCAUAGCAAUGCCUCGGUACUACUGCGAUUAUUGUGAUACAUACUUGACCCACGACUCACCAUCUGUGAGAAAGCAGCACAAUGCAGGUUACAAACAUAAGGCAAAUGUGAGAACCUACUAUCAGCAAUUUGAAGAGCAACAAACUCAGAGCUUAAUCGACCAAAGAAUUAAGGAACAUCUUGGCCAGGCUGCAGCUUUCCAACAGGUUGGUGCUGCUUACAACCAGCAUCUACUUGCUCAGAGGCCUCCCCAUCCUGUUUUACCAACACCUAUGAUGCCUGUCAAUCCACCAUUGCUCCCAGGGAUGCGGCCACCUAUGUUGAUGAGACCAGUUCCUGGUGCUCCUGGCUAUGUCCCCACUCAAGGCAUGCCACCAAUGGUUGCUCCACCUGGAGCUCCUUCCUUCCCUGGUCAAAUGAAUGCUCUCCCCAGGCCUCCUACAUUGGCUCCUCCAACAACCAUCCCUGGAAGCGCAACACCUGCCUCUGCUAACGGAGCACCUUCCAUGGUUACACCUACACCUUAUCAAGGCAAUCCUGCUGCGCCAACAAGUGUAGGCUUUGACAAUUUCAAUAGCAGUGCCCAGCCUCCUGAAGCUAAGCCUUAGUCUGGUCAAAUCUGGAAUGCUUUACUUCAAUGUCACAUGUAAGGUACUUAAGCAAGUGAUGCAUGUUAUUGAACAUGGAACUGAGCUGAACAUUAGUGCUAUAAAGACAGAAAUUCAUAUGCUCUGUUUAUAUAGUGUUUUUUUAUCAAAGAUUUGUCUUGUAGACAGCAUAUGCGGUUGUUUAUUUGGAAAUUUGAAGAGGAAAUCAAGGUGAACUUUUAAA